UUUUUAACUUGAACUGAGAAAUGGGGAAGUCCCGAGCCUAUCGAGGAAACUGAUGGGCUCUUCCAUUCAGUGAUAUAAAGCUUGGAAUAAGACUUACUCUUGCAUAUUUUGAAGAAGUGUGUUAAGAGAGCACAUCGGCGUACUUGUUGGUCUAGGAAGCAGGUUUGAAAAGUUAGCGUGGUAAGAGAACUUACAGACAGCGAACAGAAAGAAGAAGAACUAGUUCCUCUACAAACAAGGAUUCUUCAGAAUUCAAGAAUUAUUACACGAUGGAGGAUGUACGUAAUGGAGAGCGCUUAAAAAUGCGACAUUGGUUGAAGAAAGUUAUUGAUAGUGGGGAAUACCAUGGAGUAGAGUGGACUGACAGAGAUGCAGGCAAAUUCCGCGUGCCCUGGAAGCAUGCCUCGAGACAUGGAUGGGACAUAGACCGAGACGCAAGCAUUUUCAAGAUGUGGGCGGUGUACACUGGGAAGUAUUCGAAGGAAACAAGCAACCUAAGCGAAAAACAGAAGAGAGCACUUGCAAAGCACUGGAAGGCAAAUUUUCGAUGUGCUUUGAAUGCAUUGAAUGAUAUCGAAGUUGUGCACAAGGAGGGGAAAACAAAAGGACGCGAUGCGUACAAAGUUUUUAGGCUUCUUCCGCAGUGCAGGACGAAAAGCAAAAUUACUAAAAUUCGAUCGAAUUCAACCGGCUCUGUGGAUGAAAAGGAGCCGAUGAUAACACGGGGUCUGCAUCGGACCAAAUCUGCUCCAGUUUAUCAACCUACUCUCAUGGAAAGUGAUGAACAAGAAUUUUCAAGCCAGAUGUUGCAUUUGAACAGUGAUCAUACGUAUUCCCAAGUGAAAUCUGAAGAGCAAUCAAUUGAUAUUUCUCAAGCAGAAGAUGCCACUCAGUUCUACCCACUUACUAAUUCUCUCAAUAAUUACCAAUUUGGAGAUCUGGAAUUGUCUCCAAGCAGUAACUGCAGCUCAGAUUCCUGCUCUAGCGAUGUCUCCAAGCUCGUCGAGCUUCUUAGCCCUAGUGUUUGCAGUCAGGAUAGUUCACAAGAUAUCAGCGAAAAAAUAGGAGCUGUUUUAACAGAAUUAGUAAACAGCAGUGCUGCGUUCAGCUAUGAACAAGAUUCACUCUCAACCGGAGUGUCAAGCAAAUCCCAAUAUUUAAGGCAAGACAUCUUCUUUUCUCCUCCAAGCUACGAUUUUCAGGAUUAUUCGUUGUCAUUACCUUAUUGAACUCAAAGAAAUGCAGUGCAUCAGUUGGAAGGACAAUACAAUGACAUCAUAGAGAGUAAAGAUAUUUGAAAUGUUAAGGCAUUUAUCAUGUCUUAUUGUAGAUACCUAUUUAUCUCCUCCUGGCUAAUGACUUUUGUUCCAAGGUCUUGUCAGAGUUACAAGUAAUCGACAGAUAUAGAAAUGGCUUAAGCAAUCUGUCAAUCAAUAUUAGCCAAUCAAUGAGCGUAAAAGUGGAAUCACAGUCACUGAUUGGUCAAUUUCUUAUUAAAAGAUGACUUGACCCCCUUCAGUAUCUGGCGAUUGCCUUAAAAGUAUUAAACAAGACAGAACGAGAAACAAACGACAAAGAAAGCAUAUAAAAACAGAAAUCGUAACAAUAUGUAGAUCAUACUUAGAAUACAUGGCAAGAGAGAGAUUCCUGUCGGUCUACCAAGUAGAUUCCCUGGGCCUGCGAUAUUGCUCUGACUUGGCGUUGCCAUCUGUAAAGUUGUAAAAACAAAGUGCAUUUUGUAUCAUAAACUAUCAGUAACAGCUAACGAUUUUACCAAAUCCUUUUUGCAAAAUGUUGCAUUUGCCAUAAACAUUUCUAUUUAUGUAUUGUUUUAAAGGAUACAUUUACCAUAAAACUUCCCCAUACACAAGCACCUUAAACAGGAUUGGGACGACAAAGAAGUUAUAACAACAACCUCUAUUUGAAAUUUUUCAAUGAGUAGAAAUUAUUAGACAAAAUCAUAGUAUUUUAUUUUUUUCUCCAUAGAACAUAACUUAAAAGAUUGUUAGUAAAUCUGAAUAUAUAUCGUGUCAAAGAAGAGGUUGUGUUGCACGCAACUUUCCUUAUGUAAAUGGUCCUUAGAUUAGUUUCUUUGUCAAUGAAAACACCUUUCUGUAUUAUCUAUUAUCAAUAAUUUGUAGACUUUGUUUUAAAUGUUGUAAACAUGGCUGUACGUAGUUUUAGUUUUUAUAUGACAUAUCUAUCACUUUUAGAAA